AUGGGGCUAAAGUACCCAGGCCAGAUGCAGAACAUGAAAAAGGCAAAGGAAAGGAAAAAGGAGGAGGCAAUGGAUGUGUGUCCACUCGACGGUGUACUGACGUGCAGUGAGUGGCACGUCUGUCUGACCACUUGGUACUUCAGUUUGGCAGUCUGUCUCUCCUCCUGUGCUGCUGCCUGUGGCAACUCCCAAUGUACGCAUGUGUGUGCAUGGGAGGAUGUGUGCAUGCGUGCCAGAAUGAGGCAGCGAUUCUUCACUGUCAUAGGGAAGACAGGCCACGUUGGCAGCUGUGUGGAGGCCUUAUGCAUGCGCACGUGCGAGAGUUGCAUGCUGAACGGUGGUGAUGGUUGUGUUGAUGGUGGUGGUGGUGGUGGAGGAGGAGAGGAAAGUAGUGCCUUAUUGUGUUGCGAAUGGGUGGAAAGAAGGCGCUCGGUGAUGGCACUCCUCAACUUCCCUGCAUCGAGUGCUGAUUGA